AUGAAGCGAGUUUUAUAUUAUCUCGCCAAAAUGGCGGACGCGUCGUUUUCUGUGCGCGCAAUGAAAAUACCCGAUAAUCUGUAUGAGUUGUGCCUAACAAAUUUAGUGAACUAUUUGCAGAAAUUAAAGUGCGAGCGAAAUGAUUUGCGAUCGCUGCCUGACAGUAUCCUCAUGGAUAUUUAUUACAAGAUGCUGCAGGAGAAGCGUCUAUGCAUACUGGGCGCUGAGCUCUCCGAAUUGGAUAUAUUCGAGCGACUCCUACGCUUCACCGGCGCACAGCUCCGCCUACUGCAGUGCUUUCAGGCCGUUAUAGAACACGGGUCGAAGUUGUCGUCGGAACUCGCAAGUGCAUACGUUGCGAGGUGUGAAGCCGCAGUGCAUUCCAGAGAUCACCUCAUUCAGCUAGGAUUAAGGCUAGGCGGUUUCUUCAAUGAAGCCGGCUGGUACGCGGACGCGGAGAGGGUAUUGCUGCGAUGCCAGCAGCUGUGCCAAGCUCAGCCACAGUCGGCGCGCUACAGGAGGCUCACACUAGAGUGCUGCCACAGAUUACUAAACACACAAUCAGCGUACUGCUGCUUCCCGGCUGCAGCAGAAACGUAUGCCUUAUCCUUACGCCUGCUGGGUUUGCCCGAAAAUAUCACUGAGGACUUGAGCUCCAAGCCAUCCACUCUGCUCGACGAAUGCCUUCAAUCACUCGAAGCUGAUAGUGAAGAUGACGGAAGUAACAGGCCGGCGGCGUGCCUGGCGGCGGGCUGCGCGGCGGGGUGCGGCGGCGCCGUGCUGCUGGCGCGGCUGUGCAAGGAGUUCAGCGCGCUGUACUUCGUGCGCUGCGACUACGGCGCCGCGCACGCCUGGAGCAUGCGCGCGCUGGCCCUGCUCACGCCGCACACGCCCGCCAGGGUGUGCGUGGAGGUGCUGCGCGCGUGCGGCAAGGCGUGCGUGGUGAAGCGGCGCUUCGCGGCGGCCGGCCUGCUGCUGCGCCAGGCCGUGGCGCUCGCGCGCCGCGCGCUCGGCCCGCGCCGCCCCGCGCACGCGCACGCGCUGCUCGACUACGGCUUCUACCUGCUCAACGUCGACUCCAUCGCGCGCAGCGUCGCCGUCUACGAGGAAGCACUGACGACAUUACGGCGCGUGUUUGGGCGCAGCAGCCUGCACGUGGCCACGGCGCAGGAGGACCUGGCCUACGCGCUCUACGUGCUGGAGUACUCCUCGGGACGCUUCUACAAGGCCAGGGAUCACGCCGAGAGGGCGAUCAGAAUUAUCGAGAACUUAGUACCUCCUGAUCAUCUCCUACUGGCGUCAGCGAAGCGCGUGAAAGCUCUCAUCCUGGAAGAGAUAGCGCUCGAUACUCCAGCAGGACAGGAUAUGAGUGAGCCAAGCCUGCUGGAGGAGUCCGAAGCGCUGCACAAGGCGGCGCUGGCGCUCUCCACGCUGGCCUUCGGCGAGAAGAACGUGCAGACCGCCAAGCACUACGGCAACCUCGGCAGACUGUACCAGAGCAUGCAGAAGUUCCAGGAUGCGGAAACGAUGCACUUGAAGGCUAUCGCGAUAAAGGAGGAACUGCUGGGCGCCGAAGACUACGAGGUGGGGCUGAGCGUGGGCCACCUGGCCUCGCUCUAUAACUACCACAUGAACAUGCACUGCGCCGCGGAGAAACUCUAUCUGCGCUCCAUAGCCAUUAGUCUGAAGCUAUUUGGCGAGCGGUACUCGGGGCUGGAGUACGACUACCGCGGGCUGGUGCACGUGUGCACGCAGCUCAAGCGGCACGAGCGCGCCGAGCACUACUCCGCGCUGCUCCAGCGCUGGCACGAGCUGCGCGAACAGUCGAAGACGGAGCAGCAACCGGCGCUGGGCGACGAACAAGUCCUGCCGCUCGACGAGCUGCGCGCCAAGCUCCAGCUGCAGCACUGA